CGGAUAUGUUAAUAAAUUUCCUUGUUACUCCUAUAUAUUUCAUCUUAAAACCUUUAAGUUACUGAAUGUAUCACCAGUCUUUGUUACUCCAGUAGGUAGUAGACAGGUGAAACAAAAUUGACAGUAGGACAGAGUACUGCACGUUCAAGUCGUUAAGGAAAACUGACACCCCAUUUCAUAUCUAAAGAAAGCAUUUCGAUAAAGAUAAUGAAUGUCCCGAUCGUGUAUACGUUUCUGUUUGCAAUACUUGCAUUACGCGUAUCGAGUUUAGAAAAAUCAGCAAACAACAAUAUAAGUGGACAGACCCUGUAUAACGUUGGCAAAAAUUACAACAUGACAUUGCUAAGCAUUUUUGGUAAGGCUAUGAAGAACAUAGAAUCUGAUGUUCGGGAAGUAGCAGAGGAAAUGUGCCGUCAGCAUCGUUGUAGUGAAUGGUCAAAGUGGUCUGACUGUGAUGCCAGCGCAGAUACACAAAAACUUGUCGGUGUUCAAACAAGAUCAAGGACAUGCGGGGAAAACACUACCAUGUGCGAGCGAUAUGGAAUAUCUAGAAGAGUUUUGGAUUAUAAGGUCUGUGAAAAUGGAUUUAGAUGUCCUAAGGAAUAUAUGUUCACAACAAAUGGCUUUUGCUUAAAAUACUACACAAGUCCGAAAUCCUGGGAUAACGCUGAAGCUGUUUGUCGAUCUGAUGGUGGUCAUCUGGUGCAUGUUGAUUCAGAAUUGAAAGCCAAGGACAUAAACGAAACCUUUCUUGCACUUCCGCCAAGUAUCAGUUGGUUGUGGAUAGAUGGUCGACGAUCGGUUCAAGCAGGACCUUGGUCGUAUGGGUACAAAGUAACACAUCCAAAUUUCACUUAUUGGGGUGACAAUGAUCCUGAUAAUGGAGCAACUGAACUCUGUAUGCUCUACCAUAAAAGUGAAAAAACAAAAUUUCUUUGGCGUUGGUUUGACUAUCAUUGUCAUAACACAUUUAACUUCAUCUGCCAAAUUCUUGCAGAGUAAUCGUUUAAUAUUUGAAUUCAUAUCCGGUUUUAGGAAUUCUGCUGUAUUCUUUUCUGUUUUUUUUUUAUAUUAUAGGAAA